CUAUUGUCACUAUGUUUCCAGUGUCGAAGCAAACGUGGUAAAGAUUGUUUCCUUCAAAAAUACACACGAAAAAUGAAAGUGAUCCAUGGCACUUAUACGUCACUGUGUUGAGAAUGUGAUUUUAUAGUAAUGUGAUAAACAUUGUUACCCUAAUGGGAUUCGAUGUAUCAACACUAGCCCUAUAUCUAUGGGUGCUGGUGGCGACGGUGCGAGCUGGAGUGAUCCGGCUUUCUGAUGAACACGAGGACGAGAUGCCAUGCCGGACGUACACAGUCAACGGGUUGCAGUACUUGGACUGUUCUUAUCGAGGACUGAACGAUUUGCCUGCAGGAAUAGAUUAUGAUGCACAAGUGCUGCUCUUAUCAAACAACAACUUCAUAACAUUUCCGACAUCACUCAAGAAUUUUACACGCGUCGAAGUGUUGGACCUAUCCGGGAACCAUUUGAGCCGACCGCUUCCGUCUUAUUUACAAGAAUGGACCACUCUGUCCACGUUAAAUUUAUCAAACAACAAUUAUGACACGUGGGUGAGCGACGGCCAGAGAUACACCAUUAAAAGAUUAGACUUGUCAAAGAACAAAAUAAAUAGCAUUGAAGACGACGCGUUCAAAGGCAUGUCGCGUUUACAUUUCCUUGAUUUAUCAGAGAACCGAAUCUACGACUUGCCGCCUCAAGUUUUCGCUGAGGCAGAAAACUUGGACAGUCUCUAUUUAUGCAGAAAUUACCUUUCUGACGUGCCACGAUUUCAGUCGCAUUCCAUGAGAGUACUUACGUUGAGUAGCUGCCAGAUAACAAAUAUUGAUGUGAAUUCAUUAGCUGGGAUGACCUCGCUGCUAGAAAUCGACCUUUCUAUCAACCAAAUAGAAAGCAUACCGGAUAAUCUUGCUUCGAACACUCUCCAAGAGUUAGACUUAAGUUUUAACUCGAUCAGUUCGUUAAGUGACCGAACCUUCUCCUCAUUGCCGCAUCUGGCUGUGUUGGAUUUGAGAGGGAACGAAUUUAGAGAUGUGUGGUCUACUUCACACUUCUCCUCAAAUCCGUUUUUGAGGGAAGUUCGCGUGAAAGGAAACCGAUGGAGCUGCGAGGGAUUCAGUGUCAACCUUUUGCUCACGUAUGAAUUUUUGACAAAAGAACCACCAAAAAUUACGGAUCAAGGUUCCUUGAUAUGCUACUCGCCCUCUAAUGUUACUCAACUGAGCUGGCAGCAGGCAUACAUAAGGACAUGGCAUCCAAAUGAAGCCACUACUGAGUCGUAUACGACUAUAGCAGUCAUGAUCGGAAUUAUAAUAGGGAUUGUGAUAACUUCUUUCGUUUGCCGCGGGCUUGUGAUGAUUAACAGGCCUGACCCUCCAAGAGCAGCUGCAGAAACGACGGUACUGAAUCUCAACGGUACCAUCCCUGAAUCAAGAGUUGAUUCCGUCGUGAUGCGGGUUCCUUUACGAGAAGAAGAUCUACCUCCAAGUUAUGAUGAAGCUUUGCUAAUGCCGCGGCUAAACUCUUCGUUCCAUUCGCUACCAGAUUUUGUUGAUGAAGUCGAAGAGCCAGCUAGGCAGUACCGAAGGUCCAGGUCUAUCGGCGACCUGAUGGAAUCGAGACCUCGAGCUGGCGACAGGCGCUCUGUGAGACGCACAGUCGAAAUACAUAUAACAUGAUCGAAUUAUGACAAUUUAGCUUAUAAGUUUUUAUUGUAAGCUAGGACUAAUAUUGUAUAACCUAAGUUGUAUAUAGACCUAAUUUUACUUACAAUAAAUUUAAGUUAUAAUAUU